AUGGCCAUUCUGUCGCGGCCGUCGCUCCGCGGUCCUGUGCGACGGAAUCCCGACAGUCGGUCGGAGAGCCAUGGCCGUCCGCCGAUGAAGAAACAGCGCACCCUGGAGGACUAUGGUGUUCGUCGCCGGAGAAGCUCUCCAGACUGCCUGGACACCACUGCCACACAGGAUAUGAACGCGGUCGACAAACCUCGAUCUAAUCCUCCCUUGAAGCCCGCGCGCCCGCGGAGUGCGACAAAACGCGCCCGCCGCCACUCCUCCUCAUCGGUCGACUCGAUCGCGUCUGCGACCCAAUUGAAAACCCCCAAUCAUUCUCAUAUUAAUGGCAAUGGCUCCGCCAGAAAUGUCAGAGUACCUGAUCGAAAUACUCCCUCUGCCUUACAGCGCCUACUUGAUGACCGUGACUCCCCGGACCCAUUGGAUACCAUCUCUCCAGCACCCACUACUCCUAUCUCCAGACCGCGCUCUCUUGCCUCCACCAACGCGUCUGAAAGUGAGAACAAACCCUCAACCUCUACUGCGACAACCAAUACAACUCAAAAAGAUGACUCCGAUCCGACCCCAGAACCCAGUGAUGUGGUUAAGGACGAGAAGAGCGGGGAAGAAGGCCGAAAGGCGGAGCAGCCAACCGUAACGAGUCCUGCUGCUGCGACAAGGUCUCAGCAGAAGCGCAAAAGCGAAAUCGUAGAGAGCGAACAGCCUGCACCUGCACCUGCACCUGCACCUACGCCGACAGGGACUGAGAGAAGGUCGUUACGCUCUGCCGACACGGGCUCUCGUUGCAAGAGCGAUUUGGCCCAGUAUUUCUACAACUACGAGCAGAUUAUCAGUCUCCAAAACCCCAAGCCUGAUGCAGUUGAAACACUUGCAGCGAAUACCAGUAUCACAAUAGUCGAUGACCUCUCCGAGACAUUGCCUUUUCCUAAACCAGACCCGAAUCCUUUUGGCAAUCCACUCGAAAAACUUUACGACUGCGAGCCAAUAUCGCUCCCAAAAGUAACUCGCCAUUCAUCAGGGCAUGAUCCCCUCAGUGAAGAACUGUACUUCAAAUCACAUCGCCGCUUUGAACGCCAAGAGAAGCAAUUGCGAAACAUUGAGCGCGAUCGUGCGCAGCAUGAAAAGCAGCAAUUAGAUCGACUGCUCGAAGAGCUGCGCGGUCAGGAUUGGCUGCGAGUUAUGGGGUUGAUUGGUGUCCACGAGAAUGAGAAGAAGCUCUACGAGCCAAAACGAGACAUCCUCAUUCAAGAGCUGGUGGCGCUAUUGAAAAAGUUCCAAGCCUGGAAAGACGAGGAGAAGCGACGAAAGCUAGCCAAAGAGAAAACAACCCCCGCAGUGGACGCCGAAACCGAGUCUCGACGCUCACGGAAACGAUCCAGACCCGCUGAAGAGAUUACAGAGGAAAGCUCCCUCUCACCUGAGCUCGCAACGCCUAGUACGCCUGACCCCAGUGAUGUGGACGCAUUGGCUGCACGUCAGCUUCACCAAGAAGCCCGCUCAGCCUCAGAUUCGGCAGCUAAAAGCCGUCGCAAAUCAAUAUCCGGUCCUCGAAAGCCCAAGCCCAAGCCCACUGGAGCAGACGAGGACGAGCAAACCAAAACAACCGACAAAAAGGCCUCUCAAAAGCGCCAAAAAACCCAAGACAUUCCCGAACCCUCGCCCAUCCCUCCUGAUCCCGUUCCUUUUUUGCUUCCUCCCCUCGACGAUAAACCCUUUACCUCCUUUUUCUCCGAUCCUCAUGAGCGCGAAACAGCCCUGUCUGCAAUAAAUACAAACCGCGAGGAACGCACUCAUAUUAUCCUGGCAUUCGGUCAACCUCUGGGGGAAGUAGAGGAGAGAGAGUUUCAGCCACCAGAUGAAUUUAUUACCGAAGAAGCUAUUCAGUCUUCACGUCGUCAGCGGCGAUUAUUGAAGCGACGGAGCCAUGGCUGA